AUGAAGCUGGAGGUGUUCUCGCAGCACUACGAGGACAAGCUGAGCGCCGGCAGCGAUCAGGAAGGCAGCGGCUCGCUCUCCCCGGCGCCGGCCGAUAGCGAGCUGGGAUCGGACGGGGACUGCGCCGCCAAUAGCCCGGGCGGCAGCGCCGGCAGCUCCGGGCGGCCCCCGCCGCCGACCCCGGCCCCGCAGCCGCCGCCGCCGCCGCCGCCGGCUCCGGCCGAGGGAGGCAAGGGGAAGCCGUACACGCGGCGGCCCAAGCCGCCCUACUCGUACAUCGCGCUGAUCGCCAUGGCCAUCCGCGACUCGGCCGGGGGCCGCCUGACCCUGGCCGAGAUCAACGACUACCUGAUGAGCCGCUUCCCCUUCUUCCGCGGCGCCUACACGGGCUGGCGCAACUCGGUGCGCCACAACCUCUCCCUCAACGACUGCUUCGUCAAAGUGCUGCGCGACCCGGCGCGGCCCUGGGGCAAGGACAACUACUGGAUGCUCAACCCCAGCAGCGAGUACACCUUCGCCGACGGCGUCUUCCGCCGCCGCCGCAAGCGCCUGAGCCGCGCCCCCUCGCCGCCCGCGGCCGCUCUCUACGGCGGGGGCCUGGUGCAGCUGUGCGCCUACGGGCUGGGCGAGCCGCCGCUGCUGCUGGGCGGCCCCCACGGGCAUCCCCAGGGGCAGCCGCCGGCGGAGCGCCCGCGGGCGUCGCUCUUCGCCGGGGCCGCGCUCCCCGGGGGAUCCCCGCCCUACGUCCCGCUCCGAGCGCCGCGGCCGGCGGCGGGGAGCUCGGCCCCGUUCCGCCCGUACGCCGUGGAAACCCCCCUGGCGUAA